UCACGCGCUCGCCCAUGGAUAGCCCCAACCCUUGGAGUGCUUUGGUUGGCGUUCUACCACUCGGCGAACUCUUCGAAUAACACCGUACCAAGAACAUCUCGAGGCUCCGGCUGGCGCGCCACUGCUGUCCCAGGGAGAAACUGAGGCCAGCCGAAGUGGCGCGACGCAGUCCCGGCAGAGCCACCUCGCAGCCGGCUUCCAGCAAACCAGUGGGGCCGAGCCAUGGACGAUAACCCGCCCUGCACAAUCGAGGCAGAUGCCGAGAUGUCGCAUCGCCUCCACGUCGAGCUGAAAAGGGUGCCCGAACCGAAGGCACGAAAAGCACUGGUCUCUCUCAAGGAGGAGCCCCCUGCCGCCAUCGCGAAGCGCCGCGGAGGCACCGAGGCUCCGGCGGUGGCUCCGUCAACAAGGCCACCAAAGCCACCGAAGCCGCUCAGGAGAAAGCUCCGCCCGGUAGCCAGGAGUGAAGACGUGUGCGAAGCCUCCUCCGCAGCUAGAGACAGGCGUAACAAGCCGACGGUUCGCACGGACGCUCAUUUAAGCACUGUGGUCAUCCAACCGUGGGGCUCGCAUGACGAUGCCGCUCCUAGCAACUUCUGUGCCAUCAAUGAACGAACACAAGUUAUCGACGAGGACCUCUGCGGCUCUCCAGCGAAGGAGUGUACUUUCGGCAGCGCUGAGGACAUGCCCCGUUACGCCUUUCCUGUUGAAAGAAUACCUGCCGUUGGCGUGAACGCAGCUACAAAGGGUGCAGCGACAACGGCACUCAAGUCUCGCAAGGUUCGCCCAUCGAAUUUGCCCGUCAGAUGCGUUCCUCUCCAAGAAAGGCUAUUGGAGCCAACUAGAACAACGACAAAGAGAGUGGCUGCCAGCAUCAUGCCCACGUGUGUUAGUAGCGACGAAAACAGCGUGAAAAAGCCCGCGAAGAACCGGAUCAUUGUGCAGUGCACGGCGGAUAAGAUGCAUUUGACUGACCCAGAUUGCGGAGUAUCACUCCCGCGGUUUCCAGCACCCGACAACGGCACGACCGACGGCAAACCAUCCAAGCCACAGCCUUUCAACACUCGGCGACCACGGAGCAGGUCUUCGGACUGUCGGGUCAAUGACGUCGGUUUUAUGUCGUCGCAAUACAAGCUGAAGGAGAAUGAAUGCCACAUUUUUUCUCCCAAGGUAGCGGGGCCUUCAUGGAGCACUACAGCCGAAGCCAGCAAUUCCUUAGAACGCGAUCUGGAGAAUUUGGUGUAUGACGUGAAUGCAGAGCAAGGUGCGGAGAAGAUCGUCACCCUAGCUUGCGUUGACUCAUCCGCAAAGGAAACGCCCGUGUCGACGGUCAGUGACAACAGCCUUCUUGAGACGACAGUCUCCGGUGAUCUUACAAGAGCUUCCAGCAACUCUCAACAACUUAAAAAGGAACUGCUCGUUUUUCAUGCCAUCAUUCUGGUGGCUGUCACCGGAGCUGCCGCACUGGCGAUUGCCUUCUAUCCAGGAGCAGUAAAAUCAAGCUCGGGAUUUCCCUUGCUUAUCGAGCGUGGGUUUCCGGUUUCCGUGCCGCCGGCGCCCACGGUAACGUCAUCAAAUCAUCCCAUGGACGCUCCAGAACAGGUAGUACAACGAGAGCCACUGUAUGACGUAUGUUCUACAGAGACAUGUCAGAAAGAUGGCGCUUACAUAGGCGCCCUGAUCUCCAAAGACAUGGACCCGUGCGACGACUUCUACAAGUUUGUCUGCAAUCGCUGGAAAGGCCUUAAUGGCUCCACGAGCCCUGAUGACGAGCUGGUCGUGAAGCUCGAAAGUGACAUCUACCACGUUCUUGCGUCACCGCUGCCUCCCAGUGUUCAAGACUCUGACGUCCUCUCACCGCUGAAGCGAGUAAUGACCGCUUGUAUGAAUGGCGCGAACGGGACGAAUGUUGACCCUGUUCUUGACCUACUAGCGGCCGCUGACCUCGAAGGCUUUCCUUUUACUCCACCUGUGCGUAGCAGCAUUUCGCCAUGGAAGACCGCCGCCAAGGUCUUUCUUCUGACGGGCACAUCUGCACUACUUCGACUUGGAGUGGCCUUGCAUCCUUUUGAGCCUGAUAGAGACAUAAUAACUGUGGAAGUUCCCGAACCGUUGAUCGUGGGCCCUGAAAAAACAACGACCGCUUAUAGAAGAAUUAUGCAAGCAUCCAUGAACGCCCUCGGCAAGCGCUUUGUGCCCUCAUCCUACGCGAUGGAAGUGGUCGCGUUUACGCAACAGCUUGAUGCAGCAAUCGCUUCUGGGGAGUCGCAGCGCAGAGAUGAACGUUUGCAUCGGGUCGUAAAACUUAAAGACGAGAUCGAACACCAGAUGUACCUGCUUGAAGUUUUAGGUGACUUGCAGCUUCCUCCUGAUGAAGGAGAUCGCGAUGUUAUGCUCCUGUCUCCAAAUUUUUCAAGAACACUGGUCGAUCUGCUACGCAAGACAGACGUUCACGUCGUCCUCAAUUUUCUUUGCGUGCACGUGCUCGUGAGGUCUUCUCUUUUCGUCUCAAUGUCUGACCCCGAUUUGGAAUGGGCGGUGUCUGCUCAGCUUUUCAACCGUCCAGUCCGCCACGUGCAGCGAUGGAGGCUUUGCGUCCGGGCUGCCGCAAAAGCGCUACCAGACUUAUUCCUUUACGCCAGUCACCAGGUGGUGAGAACACCAGACACCAUGAUUCGGGGCGUCCUCGACAACGUGCUUAAGCAAGUAAUUACGCACGUGGAAUCUCUCAUCUUCUUGGACGGCCAAACUCGCGUGUUGGCGAAGAGAAUUCUGUCUGACGUUCGUUUCCUUGUAGGCCUACCUCAUUGGCUUAGCGACAUGUCAAAAGUGUCCGCAUACGUGGCAAAGCUACCCUUGUUUACUAGUCGGGGCAGUUUCUUAAAGUGGCUUUCUGAAGUAAACGAAAUAGUACAAACCUCGACACUUCGUCGCAGCUCAAAAGAAUUUUGGCGAGCUUCGCCCUUUGAGACUGAUUGUUGGUACGAUCUCCAACUAAAGACUGUGUACAUUCCUGUCUUACUAGCCAACUGGAGCCUCUAUAGAGUUGACGAAGUAGGCUACUUACAGUUACCGCGCCAAGGUCAUCGUACGGCUCGAUGCCUACUGAGAAUGCUUUUCGAAGGUGUCUCGUCAUUCUUUAACCGCGAAAUAUUGACCCGCAGCUUCUGGUCUUCUUCAGCAAAGACGUCUCUCCGUCGUGCACAGCUAUGCUUGCAGGAGCAGGCCCAUGUUCCAGAAUCAAUGUCUCUGUCGCUUCUGGAGGACCACACGGCGCUGAAAAUUAUCCAAGAACUCUACCAAGGCAACCUUCACCUCGCCAGCGCAGCCAUGGCAUCCGGAGGGGUUCGUGAUGUUCGUUUGCCAGGUGCUGAGGACUUUACGGCAGACCACCUGUUCUUUAUUUACUACGCUCUCUGUUUCUGUACCAGCGGUCUUCGCGAGGAACAGCUCGAAGAUGAGGCACGCCUUGUAAACAUCCCUCUUAGGGGCUCGCUAAUGUUUCAUGAGGUCUAUGGCUGCCGACCAACGUCUAAGAUGGGUCCGUUGGAUAAGUGCACGGCUUGGGUUGCAGCCGCUAAGCAAAGUGCUCCCAUGAGAUCCUGACUAUGCGGCUUCUAUUUGUCGUUGACGGACGUUAUCUUUCAAACAGAAAAUUUGCGGCUGCUUACACGACGAAUACAUGUGUUAGUGCAGCCAGAUCUAGUCGAUUCCUUCGUGCUGUGGAAAACAGUAUGAUGGAAGCGCACGUGGGAUGUUGUGUGGGGUGCAGCGCUUCACCACACGGCGCAUACAUGUUAAAGCGAGUAGCGCAAUGAACUGUUCUAUCAGCACCAUUUUUGUUAAGUAACUCAUUUUCGCUCAAUAAAGUGGUUUGAUGUUCA